AUGAUGAAAAUAGUAAUUUUUGCAUUUAUUUCGUGCGUUUUUGGCGCUUCGACAGUUUUUAAAGAGGAAUCUGAUUCAGAAAGUUUGCGAUAUUUUGAGUUUCCGGAAGGAGAACAGGCGCAGCAACAACAACAAGGAACGGAUUUUGGCACGAGUGACACAGGAGAUCCAACUUUUAGACAAGGAAUAACAAAUGGUACGGUGAUUAUUAUUCCAACUAUUAAUCCAUAUAUUGUCAACAAUAACGGAACAAAUUGCAAUUGUAUCCCAACUGGAUCAUCUUGUAGCGGAACUUCAUCCGGAUCAACUAAUUAUGGCGAUAACCAAUUGGAUGUCAGAAUUGUCAAUACCUUCGGCGGGAUUAAUACCGGAAGUGCACUAAGUGGUUCUGUUUCCAAUGCUAUCAAUACUGCUACUGGAUCGCAGUUUUCGUCAUGUUCAUCGAGUGUGCUUCAACUUUGUUGUCUCAGCGGCGGAUAUCAAUGCGGAAGACAAUAUCCAGCAGUUUCGGGGUCUCCAACGCCUCCUUCAGGCUCUGCUUACUUCGGGCAAUAUCCGUGGCAAGUUGUUCUUUUGACGACGGGCGAUGUUUAUGUUGGUUCGGGAGUUUUGAUUGAUAAUUACAACGUUUUGACUGUUGCUCAUAGGAUUUCUGGAUACACAGGAGGUCGUUUUCUGAAAGUUCGUUUAGGCGAAUGGGAUGCCGCAAGCACUCGAGAACCAAUUCCCGCGCAAGAAUUUACUGUCAGCCGAAUUUUCAUUCAUCCCAAUUACGUUGCUUCAAAUUUGCGAAACGACAUUGCCGUUUUACGCCUUUCAACGAGAGUCAAUUUGGGUCAAACGCCAACAAUUACAACUGCUUGCAUGACGAGUUCUUUAGUUUCGAGUGGUCGUUGUUACGUUUCCGGAUGGGGUCGAAAUGCCUUCAAUAAUGGUCAAUAUCAAAGUGUUCAGAAACAAACUGACGUUCCGAUCAUCGAUCAAUCGACUUGCCAAUCGCAACUGAGAAACACGAGACUCGGCUCCGGAUUCACUUUGGACACAACGAGCUUCAUUUGUGCUGGCGGCGAAGCGGGAAAAGAUGCUUGCACGGGAGAUGGAGGCGCGCCGCUCGUUUGUAACAUUAACGGGCAGUUUUACGUUGUCGGGCUCGUGGCAUGGGGAAUUGGAUGCGGAACGUCAACUGUGCCGGGAGUUUAUGUGAAUGUCGCGUCGUACAUUCAGUGGAUUCAAAGUACGCUGUUUCAGUGA